AUGAAGGCCAAGCGUCUGAGUGCCCAGACGCGUUCACGGUACAACCUCCUGCCUGUGAGCCUUCGACGGACGUUAGCAAGUGUAUCACUUGGUAUCUCCAUUGGCAUCGUAGGGACGUUGAUAUUAUUGGGAAUUGACGAAGAAGAGGACAAGGCAAAGCGACGUAUACCUAUUCCAAGUGAACAAAGGUCGUUUGAGCCUAAAGCAGUUCUCAAACACAAAGCACUGCGUUACGGAAUGCCGUCGAACUCGAAUGUCCUCGUGAGGUCAGGCUACGUCGUCUCAUUCGAUUACCGUACGCGCAAUCCGUCGUGGGUGAUGGAGUAUCUGACCAAGAACUCGCUGCGUGUUGAGCACGAGACUGAUCGAGCGAACUCCAAAUUUGCGGUGGAUCAAGAUGUUCCUGAGCAAUUCAAGGUGCAUCCAAACCGAUACCUCAAGAGUGGUUAUGAUAAGGGCCACCUCGCACCAGCUCGUGACAUGAGCCACUCGCAGGAAGCUAUGGACGAGAGUUUCCUCAUGACCAAUAUGUCUCCACAGGUUGGUGCUGGCUUCAACCGUGGCUACUGGGCCCGUCUUGAAGGAUUCAUGCGUUACCUGGCUGGGCAGUACGACGCUGUCUACGUCAUUACGGGGCCUCUAUACUUACCCAAGAAAAACAAGCGAACUGGAGAGUACGAGGUGUCAUACCCUGUGUUAGGUACUCCGCCAAAUGCUAUUGCUGUCCCAACACAUUUCUUCAAAGUAGUGCUGGGCGAAAAGCAAGGUGGGCGAGGUUUCGCCACCGCUGGCUUCAUACUGCCAAACAAGGUCAUCCCAGAAAACAAGAACCUUCGUGACUUCCAAGCGCCGCUAGACGUCAUCGAGAAACAAGCUGGUCUGCUCUUCUUCGAUAAGCUGGAUGGCGCAAGGAAAACCGAUCUAUGUAGCGAAACCAAGUGCGCUCUUGGUGCCGCUUACCGUAGGGCUACAUCCGUUGAAUCUUACUGA